AUGGCUCCGUUCUGGGAAUUCCGCGUUCACUCCGAACCCAACCCGCACCCGCAGCUCGGCAGAAAGCCUCGCCCCAGCGCGCUUCUCAUCCCCGAACCCGUCGACCCUCCGCCCACGCCGCGACCCCUCGCCUCCCAACCCCCACGCCCCUCCGCGCCGCUCCCUAAAUUUCGGACCGAGUCGCUUUGGUUCAAUGAACCGCCGCUUUUCCUCUCCAGCCACCCAGUAGCGCCCAUCGCCGAGCCCGCCGCCUCGUUUCGUCCGUCGUCUCUUGCGCCACCUCCGGCUCCGCGCCCUGCGCAGGGGCGGAAGCCGCGCCAACGCCCGCCGCGGCAGCCUAAGCUCUGGGACCUCCUCCCAGAGCUUCCUCCCGCGCCGCGCCCCUAUAGGGACCCCCAACCAUCCAGCGGGGACGUCGCUUCCGCCCCGCUCGCACAUCUUCACGGCCAGCCGUUUGCGCCGCCGUUUUGGCAGCCGGCCCCGCGGAAUCCUAGUCGGCAGGUGUCAAUCGGUUUCCCGACAGCGGGCGCUGGCGACGUUAUAGAUCUGUCGACGUGGGGCUCCGUUAAAACCGCAGCACGUGGCGUAGGAACAGCGCGGAGGGGGGAAAGGCCGGGGGAAAUCCCGCAGAUUCGAGUGAAUUCCAGCGCGGGCGCGAAUGUUCGAGAAAAGCGGGACACGCGGCAGCUCAGGAACGUCGCCGAAUCUAAAUCCGUCCAGGUCUCGCAGACUAGAGUUCCGCUGGUGUCGCAGUCGCGCGAGGGAUCGACAGCGUCGUCAGCCGCGGCGCCAAUCGCGGCGCGAGAGGCAUCCAGCCAGUUGGCACCCGAUUCGGUCUGCAGAGCCGCUGUCGCUUCCAGCUUUCCCGUUAAGGAUUUCGCACUCUCCGCUGCUGCACCCUCGUUGGAUCUUGCACGAUCCAGGCAGCACCGCGACUCGUGCACCUGCUCAGUGGACUACGCCUCUCUCUGGGGCUCAUUACUCUCUGCUGCUGCAGAAGUUGCAUUGGUGGUUGGAGACGUUGCUUCGCUCAUCGCCCCUCAAUCACCCACGCCUCUUACACUAACAAGCAGUGCCGGAAUUCCUCCUGCAUCUGCUAUUGGUCCAACUGUCACCAGCAUUGCCACUCUAACUGGGAAGGGUGUAGGGCUGCUGCAGGAUAGCAGUCCUUCGUCUGUCCUCCAAAAUCCCGCGAGCGCGAAACAGCUGCAGGGGGAGCCGCAUGCGCGCCAGUGGGGUCCGCACAGGCGCGCGCGCCAGCUCAAGAUCUGGGACCUCCAACCCGAGCUCCCGCCGGCCCCUCAUCUGCGCCAUGACCGCGCGCUUGAGCGCGAGUUUGCGCAGCAACUCCGCAAUCUCCCGCCGGAGCUGCCGCCCGCCUCCCAACCGGACGCGGGACUGCCCGAGGCGCCUCCUAGUAGUGACGGCGCGUGCGGGGUCGGCGCGCCCGGACGAAGCGGAUUGUGCUCCCCGGAUAACGGCGGGCUAUGCGGCACCGCCCAUUGCGCUCGCUGUGACUGGCUCAGUCGGCCGAAACUAUGGCCGUCAAUCGGCUUCCCCGUACGGCGAUCCGCGCAACUUGCGCAGCAAGCGGAACGGGCGGCGCACCCCGUGCAGCGAUUCGACGGGUUAGCGGACAGGAGAUGCAGCGAUCCUGCCACUCAGCCCGCAUGGCAAGCCUUCCCCGCAUACUACCCCACAGGCUCCGCUGAUCCGGUUAUCCCCGCAGAUCCCACAUAUUUCCCCGCAAGGCACUCCGCGGAGCUUCCCCGCCAGCAGCAGCCUCCAGCCCCCCAUUCCCCGCCCAUCGACGAGCCUGCGCCCUUCCGCGCGGGGACCGAUGGGUUUCUGCUGCCCCCGUGCGCUUUCACAUCUACUCCCGCGGAUCUGCCUCUCAAGACGCCCCGCGCUUCCCGAAGCGUGGCGGAACCGUGGGGCGGAACGGCGGAGCUGGUGCAGACAUUGGGCGGCGGAGGGCUGGUGGAAUCAGGUGCGGUCCUGGCGGGAGACUGGCGGAAGCUUCCUCCGCCUGGGUGGUACCGGAGGCUGGAUUGGGGGAUGAGGAACGCGCGCAAUGCAAUCCGCGGAGUGUCUGUGCGCGCAUCAUCUGCAGCCGUUACGCCGCUUCCCGCUCCCACAACAGCGCAGCGUGCUCCCCCAAUGACUUGUCAUGCUUCGUCGACAGCGAAGAGUGCUGUACAAAGCAGCAGCGGCUCUAUAACGCGGAUGCACUCUGACUCGACCGAAGUCCCUGCUGAGUCCGAACGGAGUGGCAACGAAUGUGCAGCAGUUGAAGCAGAUCCACGCAGCAAAUCCCACCGCGCCACGUGUCUCCCCAUCAGCGGCGAAGCCAUCCAGACCCACGUGGCAUCUUUCUGGCUGACAGUACUGGGACAGUUGGAGUUUCUGGGGGAGGUGUCAUCUGCGCUGCUGGGGGAGGCUGUACCUGGUGGACGAAACAGGCAGGAACGGGGGGAGGAGUGGAGCGGAAAGCAGGCUGGAAGUAGCGUUAGCGGGCUCUCACAUAGCUAUGGACGUGAGCAAACCGUGGGGCCAGCAGCAGCACCAGUGAUAGGGGGAAGUGAUGGGGAGAUAUUGGCCAAUGCUACAGCUGCCAUGCAAGCUCCCAUACUUUCCCUAAACACGCGCUGCCGUGAUUUCAGUCGCUUUAACGUGAGUGGUUUAAAUACGGAUGGACCUACUGAUGCUGGUCGCCCUACUGAUGCUGGCGUAUGUGGCACCACGACCGUGAUUCUGGGAAACUUCGCGUCUCCUCCCUUUGAUAUGGGUCCCCUGCAGCCUCUCCCCAUGGCGUCCUCCUUCCAGCUGGGAGAGGUCUUGUCUGCAACGCAUCCUGGCCAAGGUAUCACUGCUAAGAACCGUACUGAACCGGGCCGGCCGUACCUGCGUGUCCGAUCCAUGCAACUAGGCCGGUCGACCAACCUGGACACGUGUUGCAAGGGGACUGGCCACAGCCCUGCAUCUAUCCUGGACUCACCUGUUCCCUCUGAUGACUCUGGGUGUGACUCUCGCCCUGAGCUUACAUGGGGCCAGUCCACACUCUCACUUGGAUAUUGA